AGAAAAGAACUAAACCAGACCCUAACUUUUUCGAGAGAGAGAGAGAGAGAGUUGAGAUUUCGUUUCUCACUCUCAUCAGUUACGGACAAGAGAAGACGCCAUGGACGACGAGGUGCGCAAGAUCUUCAGCAAGUUCGACAAGAAUGGCGACGGCAAGAUCUCGAGCGCCGAGCUGAAGGAGAUGCUCCUCACGCUCGGAUCAACGACUACCUCCGAGGAGGUGAAGCGCAUGAUGGAGGAGAUUGACCAGAACGGCGACGGUUUCAUUGACCUCAAGGAAUUCGCCGACUUCCAUUGCACCGAAACCGGAAGCGACGACUCCAAGGAGCUCCGCGACGCCUUCGACCUUUACGACAUCGACAAGAACGGUCUCAUCUCCGCUAACGAAUUGCACGAAGUGCUCAGGAAGCUCGGCGAGAAGUGCUCCCUCGGCGACUGCCGGAGGAUGAUCAGCAACGUCGACUCCGACGGCGACGGCAAUGUCAACUUCGAGGAAUUCAAGAAGAUGAUGGCUCGCUCCUAGAUUCGAAACGGUACGUUUUAUUUUCCUCACGUUUGUUAGGGUUUUAGAUUUAGUAAUAGCUAGGUAAGAAUUGCACAUAAAGUAGUCCACUUCUUCUGUACACUCUCUACCUUGCUAUGUUUGGUUUUAGCUUUUAGGUUAGGGGCGAAGAACUAGUAGUAUUUGUAGGAGACAGUUAAAUGCUGAUAACUUGUUUUAUGGAAAACCUGUGCUUCGUUUUGUUUAAUCCAUUGUCACUAACCUGUGGUUGCUUUUAA